UCCGCCAUGGCGCCAACCAACACGCCGCAUUAGCCCAGCUUACUCAGAAUGAAAGUGAAAGUUCAGACUAUCUCGGCCAACAGCUGUGAAGAGACGUUAUUCCCCGUCGGAGUGACAAAGUGGUAACCUUGUAGAGGAGCUUGUACGGUAAAGAAACAUGGCCUCCAACUUCUUCAUUAUCUUUGCAGUCUUAAGCAUCACAGGAGUUGUAGACUCUUUUGUGAAACUGGAAUGUGAUGAAACCAGCGUGGGGCAGCAUGGCCAGCAGUCACUGCUGAUGUGUGUCAUCAAACCCGAACAGAAUGAUGGAAUCGUAAACAUCAGAGUGGUGACUUGGAGGAAGAUAGGAGACGAGGAGCCCUUACUGUUUUUUCACAACAAACCAAAUUUUGUGCCAGGCUACAAAUUUGCAGAGUCCUCCUGGGAUGAGAGCAACAUGAACGUAUCACUCCUCAUCACAAGCACUAAGGUGGCAGACGAAGGAGACUAUAUGUGUGAAGUGGUCACUGACAGCGGUGACGACCACAGAACCACUAAGCUCAAAGUGAAAGCCAGAUACCGUCAACCGACUAUCUCUCUUGUUACCGAAACAAACACUCCAAAUGCACACAGUGCCCUGAUCUGUACAUCUGAAGGUGGCUACCCAAAAGGUGAACUCCGCUGGUUUGAUGAGAAUAAAGUGGAAUGGACAGCAAGUUCCCAAUUAGAGGUGAAAAAGAUGGAUGGCGGUCUGUUUCAGCUCUCAAGCACACUGCCUUUGCUGCCUCUAUCCACUUUCUUAAGAUACACCUGCAUCGUGUUUAACUCCAGUGGAAUCAAAGAAGAUGAGACCUCAUUCGAAAUGCCACAACAAUACAAAAAAGAUCCUGAAGCACCUAAGAAUUCGAUUCCUCCCUCCAAUGUCAUUGCUCCUGUUGUGGUUAUCGGAUCGCUGAUUGUGGGAUUGCUGCUGGCGUUGCUGAUUUAUAGGAGGCGAUCACAAACAGAAGCCCGGAGGCCCUCUACCACACCCCUUGUGGGUCAAUGGAGAGAAGUUCGGAGAAAUCAAGGGGACAUUGAGGAGGGUGAUACUCAAGAUGCGGAAUGAAAUUAACAAGAUGG